GACGCCAAGUGGAGGAGAUCACCUUCAGAGGGCGCGAGUACCUAUGGUGGGACCUGAGGAGGACUGGUGGCCAGCCCCUAUCAGCCCAGAGCGACCAGCUCUCCUUCUCCUUCAAGACCAGACACCCUGCAGGAGUCCUCUUCUUCUCCGGAGACGGCAAGGACUACGUCAACAUGGCCCUUCGUGAGGGGGGCGUGCUGGUGACCCUUGACAUGGGCGGAGACCCCCUCAAGGUCACGGUGAGGCCAGACAACGUGCGCUUCGACGACAACCAGUGGCACACUGUCAGCAUCCACCGAGCUGUCAAGGAGGUGAGUGAGCAAGAUUAUAGCAAGAUUAUAUCAGUCAACUGUGGAAGGAUGUGCAGCUGUAGUGAAAGUUAUCAGAUGGGAAUGAAAG